AUAAGCGAACUCGAAGUCGCCACACACAUGCCGGUAAUCACGAAGGAUCAGCUUCUCCGCGGGAAAUAGGAGAAAACACGGAUCGAAGGGGAUACUCAGAGAGAGAAAGAGAGAGUCAGCGACAAUUCACCGACGCCGACGACAUUUCAUCGAUGAGCCCCGGAGUCGAUAGAAGCAUCGAGCACCUCGCGCACUUUUGGAAAUGAACGUGUGAGACGAAGGAAGAAAAAAAAAAGAGUAUAAAAAGAAGUGCUCGUGGAAAUAUACCUGCGAGCGGCUGAGCGCGCAUCUCCGUGUCGGAAAUUUAUAUCGCGCAUCGACCGGCAUCUGGAAACAUGACGGCCGACAAAAUUGAAAUGCCGGGACAAUUCGUGAAGGCGCCGAGUCCCAGUUUCAAGCCGUCCGAGCGAUGGCGGAUCAUGCGGAACAUCCUGACGAUAAGCUGCGCCUUCAUGGUGAAUUUUACCGCGUUCAUGGGAGCCGCGAACUUGCAGAGCUCGAUCAACGCCGAUCAGUCGCUGGGCACGUUCACCUUGUCGGCGAUUUACGGCAGUCUGCUGUUCAGCAACAUUUUUCUACCCGCCCUGAUCAUAAGCUGGCUGGGCUGCAAGUGGACGAUGUCGGUCUCCAUAUUGGCCUAUAUGCCCUUCAUAGCUUCCCAAUUUUACCCGAAGUUCUACACGAUGAUCCCCGCCGGGUUGUUGGUCGGUUUGGGCGGGGGGCCGCUUUGGUGCGCGAAAUGCACUUACUUGACCGUAGCGGCGGAGGCCUACUCGACUAUCUCGGACAUGGCCGUGGACGUCCUCGUCACGAGGUUCUUCGGCCUCUUCUUUAUGUUCUAUCAAAUGGCGCAGGUGUGGGGAAAUCUUAUUUCUUCCGCAGUUCUUUCUUACGGCAUCGACACGGUUACGACAAACGUGACUCUGAAUAGCAGCAUCGUCGCGGAAACAUGCGGCGCAAAUUUCUGUGGAGUAUCCGGUGCGGAAGACGAGAACCCGAAUUUGCAACCACCGCCGGUGGAACGAAUACACCUGAUCUCUGGGAUUUAUUUGGCCUGCAUGAUACUAGCCUGUCUGAUAAUAGCGUUCGGCGUCGAUUCCUUAUCCAGAUACGACAGGAACAGAGCCCGAACGGUGAAAAGCUCGUCUGGGUUCAAACUGCUGGCCGUGACAUUAAAGUUGUUGAAAGAGAAGAGCCAGCUGUUGAUAUUGCCGAUAACGAUGUUCAUCGGCGCCGAACAGGCCUUCUUAUUCGCCGAUUACAAUGCGUCGUUUGUCUCCUGCGCUUGUGGAAUUAGUAACAUCGGUUACGUGAUGAUAUGUUUCGGCGUGACGAAUGCCAUGGCCGCACUCGCCACGGGAUCCAUCGUGAAGUUGACCGGGAGGAAGCCCGUGAUGAUCUUCGCAUUCUGUUUGCACCUGGGCAUCUUCGUCUUCAUGUUGCAAUGGAAACCGACGCCCGACCAAGGUGUCAUCUUUUUCCUGCUGUCCGGUUUGUGGGGCGUGUGUGACUCGAUCUGGCUGGUGCAAGUCAACGCCUUGAGCGGCAUUUUAUUCCCCGGUCGGGAAGAGGCAGCUUUCUCCAACUUCCGCUUGUGGGAGUCCACUGGUUCUGUAAUAACGUACAUCUAUAGUCCGUAUCUGUGUACCUAUACGAAGCUGUACCUUCUGAUCGGGAUACUGUGCACCGGAAUGGCUGGUUACGGCGUUAUCGAGUGGACGAACAAAGCGGAGAAAGCCAUUUCCGUUAAAAGGCCCGAGUUAGAGUUGAUGAAUGAUAACGAAAUCAACCGAUAAAGUACGAAGUAUGGAGUUUGGUUUAGAUAAUCCUCCGGACGAUCGAUGGAAUCGUGCGCGAUUCUUGGGAAAUGUUAUUUUUUGAUAUUAUCGCCGAUAUAUGUGCCAAAGUAAGAAAUUUAUGGAAGUAAAUUUAUGCGUUAAACGCACAACUACACUCUCGAAAUUGAGACGUAUCUUAUUUAUCGUUAGCAAAGAUAUUGUCGAAAGAUGUCGUUGAUCGGAUUCGAUUGUAAGAAAUAAUGCAUUCUUCGCAAGGUAUUCGAGUUUAAUUUGAAUUUAUUAGAGGACGAGAGAAACGUAUCUUUGAACUGACUCAAAACUGACACACAGACGAUGCUCACAAAGAAGACUCCAUAACAAGUUACAUUUAGUAAUGAUCGUUUCUCUUAUUACGUUGUUGCAAAAAAUAACGAAUAAUAGUCACUCGUGAAAGCGCAUGACACUGUAAAACGCGAAAAAUCGCAACACAGGUACGACUUUUUGUUAUUUGUACCACAAUAUAUGUUUUUAUUUUAUUCUUGUGGACACCUACUAAAUUUUACACAGGUAUUCGCUUAACGGCUAAAAUUCUUAUCCUUCAUUUAAAUACGUAAUUUAAUGUUACAUCGUGUGUGCCUAAGUGCUAACAUUCAAGCUAAAGCUACGGCUGCUUAGUUUAGUUGUAUACUUAUGUGCUUAAUUGCCGACUGUGUGCUUAUUUCGUUUGCCAUGAUCAAUUGAUUCCCGUCUUCGACGAAGGCAGCUUACCGAGUUGUACGAUUCCCCUCUCCGUAACGAGGUGUGAUCGAUGUUCUCCGACAGCAGCAACGUCGAAUCAAUUGAUCGGCUAGUCGUAUUUUAGCGUCGUUAAAUUGCUGAUUGUAUCGUGGUUAUUAUUAUUAUUAUUAUUAUUAUUAGUUUAACUUUGCGGCUCGUCGCGUAUUUACAAUUCAAAUAUUCUGCAGUUCAGUUAUAUACUUUAUAAAACGUAGUAGGAACUUUGGUUUCGCUGGGCAAUGUUUCAGGAGCAGUUUCCUCUUAUUGAUUCGUGACUUUAUUUCGUGAUUCCGCACGGGCUUUUUCCGGAUGUGCUUUCUUCAUCUUCUACUUCUUCUUCGUCUACGUUUUUUUCUCCUCUUUCUCUUCUUUUUUUUUUUGCUCUGUUACCCACGGUUCCGAGUAAACUAUCCGUUAUUAUUAUUAUUAUGUGGACUAUUUUUAAUCGACGCAAAUUACCGGAUAAAACAAGCGAUUCAGCGAUUCUGGAAACUGCUAUAAAACAUUCGCCCGUGGAUCUAUCUUCCUUAGAAAUAUGACACUCACGAAUACAAUUCACAUGUUUUUUUUUUUCUUGUAAUACUCAUGUUUAUAUUUUCAUAAGGAUUUCUAUUUGAAUAUUUCAAUUUCACGAAGAAAAUACACAUGGUUCUUAAAACCG